ACUGGAAAGUUGACAGAAGAAGAAGAAUAUUAUGAGGCCAUUAUUAAAGUCUCCAAUGUUAUUAGUAAUGUGUUUUGUAAUCUUCAUGUCAUCAACAGUCUGGGCAGGCUUAGAUCCAAUACUUGAACCACAUUUACGUAUGUUCUCAUUAAGUGGUUCACUUGUUGGUCUUGUGUUUCUUCUAAUAUCUGUGACGUAUGCUAUUGCUUCACCUUUCUGGGGUAAACUCUCAGACAGAGUGGAUGAUGCUAAUAAAUUACUUAUAGCAGGAUUCUUUAUGAUUGCAUUUGUCCUACUGUUCCUUGGACCAGUACCUAUUUCUGGGAUACCAGAUGAUCUUUUGUGGUUAAAUAUCAUAUGCCUUGCAUUACUUGGUAUAUUUGUAAGUCUCACAGUUCUACCAACAUAUGACAUGCUUCUAGAACUUGCAAUAGAAGCAGGACUACAAAAAUGUUCCAGUACAUAUGGAUUAGUAUCUGGUAUUUGGGGAUCAAUGUAUGCAUUCGGUGAAUUCGUUGGACCAUCUUUAAGUGGAUUUCUUAUGGACAGUGUUGGCUUCCAGUGGUGUACAACUUACAUGGCCAUCGGGUGUUUUUCUGCUGGCCUCUUACUGUUUUUCAUUAAAAUAUUUGAAGAUAUCAAGGAAUAUGGUCUGACCAAAUUGCAAAUGGAAGAAAGAAAUCCAUUGUUAGAUGCUGACACACAAAUGAAAGGAUUCUUUGGGAGUUACUCUAUAUGAUGUUGUAUCUGAUAUUCGUGUAUUGGAUGGGGUAGGCUGAUGAAAAGGAGAUUUGAAAAAAAGAUAAAGAAAAAACAUACUUAAAUGGGGGAAAAAAUCAAACAAACUAAAGUAAAACUGCUUUCAUACCAAGGAUAUUU